AUGUCUAGGGGUUUUCAAAACAGAUUAGGGGAAGGAGGUUAUGGUUCUGUCUAUAAAGGAAAGCUUCGUAGUAGAAGUCUAGAAGCAAUCAAGAUGUUAGAAAAAUCUAAAGCCAAUGGGCAAGAUUUCAUCAAUGAAGUUUCUAUUUCUACCAUCAAAAGGAUUCACCAUGUCAAUGUGGUGCAACUAGUUUGUUAUUGUGUUAAGGGAUCAAAGCAUGCUCUUUUGUAUAAUUUUAUGUCUAAUGGAUCUCUCGAUAAAUAUCCUUUUUCUUCAGAAGGAAUUGACUCCUUAGAUUGCAAGACAAUGUGUGAAAUUUCUCGUGAAGUGGCUUGUGGUAUUGAGUAUCUCAAUCAAAGAUAUGCAAGUCUUGCGUUUUGA